AUGGCCCUACAGGAAACAAACCAAUGGGUCCUUUCAGCGCCGGCGGAUACUUCAAGAGAUGCAACCCCAUGGGCUGACAUGUGCCAUGACGCAGAGGGCUGGGGACCUUUCUCGGCAUUACGAGAGCCUGAUUUCACGCCAUGCUUCGAAGACUCCGUGGUGAUGUUGGCGCCAUCCAUCUUCCUGCUGUUCGCUGGUGUCAUUCGACUCUAUAUCCUUGGCAAGCGUGAUUCUUUUCCCGCUGACAUGACGCGCAACUGGCUAUAUUUCGUAAAGAUGGCAACCUUGAUCCUCUUGUUGUUAAUCUCGACUGCAAGCUUGGUGAUGCAAGUUAUGGCUGAUGAUGACUGGAUCCGAAGUGCUCAAGUGCUGGCUCAAGGUGUCAACGUCUUUAUGUUGCUAUUUGCUACCGGUAUGCAUCAUCUCGAGUACACCCGCAAUCGCAUUGCAUCCGCUGUCUUGUUGUUCUAUUGGUUGUUUGCCCUCUUUGCCAAUGUCAUCAAGUUACGCACACUGCUUAUGAUGUAUGAGCAUGAACAUGAUCCAACUCGAUUCAUUUUAUUUGCUGCUUCCGCUUCGCUUGGUGCUAUCAUGUUUGUGCUUGAGAACGUGCCCCGUCCAAAGAGCCAGUACGUUAUGCUUGAGGAGAAUGAGCACGAAUGCCCAGAGCCAAACACAAACAUUUUCGGUCGUCUCGCGUUUUCAUGGAUGACACCUUUGAUGCGCCUUGGUUAUCAGAAGCCAUUGGUUAUGGAAGAUCUUUGGGAUCUCAAAAAGGAAGAUCAAGCUGCCAUGGUUGGAGAAAUUUUUCAGAAAGCUUGGGAGGCUGAAAUGAAGAGAUCAGCAAAACCUUCCUUGCUUCGAGUGCUCGUCAAACUUGUUGGUGCCCCCAUGCUCUUUGCUGCUAUCUUAAAAGUCAUAUAUGACAUUACCCAAUUCACCCAGCCUGUGCUUUUGAGCGAAUUGAUUAUUUGGGUCGCACAAUAUGGUACUUCCGAUGAUGAAAGUGUGCCUGCCUACCGUGGUGUUAUCAUUGCCAUCGGAAUGUUUGUUGCCGCUGUUGUCCAGAUGCUCUUCCAGCAGCAGUAUUUUCAGCUUUGCUAUACAGCUGGUAUGCAAGUUCGAGCUGCCCUUGUCACUGCCAUCUAUCGCAAGACUUUGGUUUUAAGCAAUGCCAGCCGUCAGCAAUCUACUGUUGGCGAGAUCGCAAACCAUAUGAGCGUCGAUGCACAAAGAUUAAUGGACGUGUGUGGCUAUAUCCAUAUCGCUUGGGGUAGUCCAUUCCAAAUCUUUCUGGCUUUGGUCUUGUUGUGGAAAACUAUGGGUCCAAGCAUUUGGUCGGGUGUGGCCAUCCUUAUUCUUGCUAUACCGCUCAAUGGAUACCUUGCAAGCAGAAUGAUGAAGCUCCAAAAGCAACAAAUGAAGAACAAAGAUGCAAGAGUCAAGUUGAUGAAUGAAACGUUGAAUGGUAUCAAGGUCAUCAAGCUAUAUGCCUGGGAGAAUGCAUUCAUGAAAAAGAUUUCCUUCAUCAGAAAUGAUUUGGAAUUGGCGACUCUCAAAAAGAUUGGCGUGUUGUCAGCAGGCCAAAACUUCACAAUGUCCUCGGUGCCUUUCCUUGUGACACUGACAACAUUUGCGGUCUUUGUAACAACUGCUGGAUCACCUUUGACAAGCGAGGUGGCCUUUGUUGCUAUUUCUCUCUUCAACUUGCUUCAAUUCCCAUUGGUGGCCUUGCCUUUGGUCAUUUCAUUUGUCGUUGAAGCAUCCGUAUCGCUUACUCGUAUUGAGAAAUACCUGUGUUCUGAAGAAUUGGAUCCUAAUGCCGUGACUCGUGUGGAUUAUCGUACACUGCCCAACUGGUCCCCCAAGGUUCCUUUGAUCGAAGUUGAUAAUGGCACUUUCAAGUGGUCUGUCACGCAUCGAGAACCCGUGUUGGAAGAUAUCAACCUCCAAGUCAAGAAGGGUGAAGUUACUGCUGUUGUGGGCCGUGUUGGUGCUGGCAAGUCAUCCCUUAUUAGCUCGCUUCUUGGUGAUCUGGUGAAGCAAGGUGGCAACGCGACAUUGCGUGGAUCUGUUGCCUAUGUUCCACAACAACCAUGGGUGAUGAAUGCAACAUUGCGUGACAAUAUCGUCUUUGGUCAUCGAUGGGAUCCCGCAUUCUAUGAACGUGUACUUGAGGCUUGCUCUCUUAAGAGUGAUAUCGCUAUUCUUUCAGCUGGUGAUCAAACCGAAAUUGGUGAACGUGGUAUCAACUUGUCAGGUGGUCAAAAGGCUCGUGUUUCACUUGCCCGUGCCAUUUACGCUCGUGCCGAUAUUUAUCUCUUGGAUGAUCCUCUCAGCGCUGUGGAUGCCCAUGUUGGCAAGCAUAUUUUUGAGCAUGUGAUUGGUCCCGAUGGUAUCUUGAAGAACAAGGCUCGUGUUUUGGUGACCCAUGGCAUUGCAUACCUACACAAGGUUGACAACGUGGUGAUGUUACGUGAAGGCAGGAUUAUCCUGAAUGGACCAUUCGAUGAAUUGAUGGAUCAGCGCUCCGAGUUUUAUGCUUUGAUUACCGAAUUCAGCAAUCAACGCAGUGCCAGCAACAGCAACAGCGACAAUGAGACUGAUGAAACUAUUGAGGAAGCGGCUUUGGAUGAAGAACUUGAAUACACCCACCGACGCGAGCAUCUUAACAGUAUAAGCAGUGAUAUGAGUAUCGAAACGCUACGCCGUGCAUCAUUGGCGCCACUCAGCAACCAACCAAAGAAAACCCAAAGUGAUGGAAAAGAUCGUUUGAUAACCGUUGAGGAGUUGGCCAAAGGUGGUGUUAGCAAGCAAGUGUACAAGGAAUAUAUCAAGGCGUGCUCAGCUACUGGUGUUGCCAUGGUGAUCGGCUUCCAAAUGCUCACCCAAGCUGCUCAAGUAGGCACCAAUGUAUGGCUUGAACAAUGGAGCAGCAGCAACCAACGUGAACAGACCAACCACCAUGUAUGGUUCUAUCUUGGUGUUUAUGCAGCUAUCGGUUGGUCAUCCAUGAUCUUUAGUGUGGUGCAAUCUUUGAUAUUAUGGAUCCAUUGUGCUAUUCGCUCGGCACGUACACUACACACCAAUAUGCUUAAUGGUGUCAUCUACUCACCCAUGUCGUUCUUUGAUACCACACCCCUCGGCCGUGUACUCAAUCGAUUCAGCCAAGACCAAUACACUGUGGAUGCAACGUUGCCUCGUGUAUUUCAAGCAUACAUUCGAAUCAUCUUUUCAGUCGCUGCCACUAUUUGUGUCAUUGCAGUGACAACACCACUUUUCCUUACAACGAUCAUCCCUCUUGGCUUCCUCUAUUUUUACAUUCAGCGUUACUAUCUUGCAACAUCACGUGAAUUGAAACGUCUGGAUUCUGCUGGCAAGAGUCCCAUGUAUUCCCAUUUCCAAGAAACCAUUGCUGGUGUAUCAACAAUCCGUGCAUAUGAACAACAACGUCGCUUCAUCUUUGAGAAUGAGACUCGCUUGGAUAACAACCAACGUGCGUAUUUCCCAUCCAUUUCAUGCAACCGUUGGCUUGCUGUGCGACUCGAAUUUAUGGGCUCCAUCGUCAUCUUUUGUGCUGCCAUCUUUGCUGUACUUGGUGUACUCUAUGGAUCAUCCUACAUAGAUGCUGGUAUGGUUGGCUUGAGUGUGUCAUAUGCAUUGACUGUGACCCAAGGCUUGAAUUGGUUGAUCCGCACUUAUUGUGAUAUCGAGACCAACAUUGUGGCUCUUGAGCGUGUGAAAGAGUACAUUGAUCUUCCAAGCGAGAAAUACGACUCCAAGAAUACGGUGGAUGCUGCAUGGCCCGAAAAAGGUGCAAUUGAAUUCCAUGGUUAUGGCACACGUUAUCGUCCUGGAUUGGAUCUCGUUUUGAGCGACAUGUCAAUGAACGUAUCGCCCAAGGAAAAGAUUGGCAUUGUUGGUCGCACAGGUGCUGGCAAGAGUUCCAUGAGCUUGAGCUUAUUCCGUAUCAUUGAAGCUGUGGAAGGCAAUAUUACCAUUGAUGGCGAAGACAUUGCCAACUUGCGUUUGUUGGAUCUCAGAUCUCGCCUUACCAUCAUUCCUCAAGAUCCAAUGCUCUUUGCUGGCUCAGUUCGUGAGAACCUGGAUCCAUACGGUACUGCGACCGACGCUGAUCUUUGGCAAGCUUUGGAAUUGGCACAUUUGAAAGAACACGUAUCCAAGAUGGAUGGCAAACUCAAUGGCGAGGUGUUGGAAGGUGGUGACAAUUUCUCGGUUGGACAACGACAACUUAUUUGUCUUGCUCGUGCUUUGCUUCGUCGAUCAACUAUCCUCAUCUUGGAUGAAGCCACUGCUGCUAUUGAUGUGGAAACGGAUGCUAUUAUCCAAGAAACGAUUCGCCGAGAAUUUGCUGAUUGCACCAUUUUGACGAUUGCUCAUCGCAUCAACACUGUUAUGGAUUCAGACCGUAUUUUGGUGCUUGAUAAGGGUCACAUUGCCGAGUUUGAUACUCCUCAGCAUCUGAUUGACAACAAGGAUUCCAUCUUUUACUCGAUGGCUCAUGAAGCUGGACUUGCCGAGUAG